CAUUAUCAACAUGUGAUUGCAAUUGAAAAGGAUAGAACAAAUAACUUUGCAUCUAGUAAUCAAAAUGUAGCUGGAAUCAGUAAUAGCAAAAAUGAUAUAAAUGCAUUAUAUAAUCAAGAAGAAGUUUCUAAAUAG